AUGUCCAAGGAGAUCGUGCCACAAGUUCUGUCAAUACGCGAUGUUGACGUCAACGCCAGUUCCGCUGUGCCUGAACCACCACAGGUGGCUCGCCAAUCCUUCGAGGGGCGGUCCCGUGGUGCCGGUAUAGAGCUGCGGGAUGAUCCCGAGGCACGCGUUGCUUUCCUCGAAACCUUUACUGCUGAAGAGGAGAGGUCAAUCAUGCGCAAAGUUGAUUAUCGUUUUUGCGUUUUGAUUGGCAUGAUGUACAUGAUCAAAUCUCGGAUGAAAUAUUAA